CGGGCAGACAACUCGUGGGGUAUAAAAAGUAGAAGUUGUAAGUUGUAAAGUGUGGGGACACUUUGUGGUUGAACAGACGUCUGUCUCUCCAACAUACAACACCAAAGUUGCAAGUCGUCCUCAUUGGCUGGCUGUAUCACACACUCACCAUGAACUACCUGAAUCUUAUCCUGAUGGUUUCUCUCUGUGUCCAUCAUGCCCAUGGUCUGCUAGGCUCUGGCAAGAACAAAGGGUCAAGCCAGAAAGGUCUGCUGAGUCUCGGGGCAGGCCUUGACCUUGGUGCCAGCCUCAGUGGAGUUCUGGGUGCUAGUGCUGGGCUGGGUGCUAGUCUCAAUAGUGCUCUCAGUGCCGGUGCAGCCGUUGGAGCUGGCGUGUCGGGAGCCGUGAGCGCUGGAGCAGAAUUGGGUGCUAGUCUAAAUGGUGCUUUGAGUGCUGGUGCUAAUGUGGGAGCAGCCGUUGGUGGCGCGGUUAGCGCUGGUGCAGAAGUCGGAGCAGGUGUCAGCGCUGCAGCAGGUGCAGCAGCCAGUGUGCAAGGUUCGGUAGGUGCUGGGGCAGAGGUCGGUGCAGGUUUAAGUGCUGGAGCUGGACUAAGUGCUGGUCUAAAUGCAGCCUUGAGCGCUGGUGCUAGUCUUGGUGCAAGCUUAAACGGUGCAGUUAGCGCCGGAGCUGAAGUUGGAGCUAGUUUACAAGUCGGUGCAAAUGUAGCAGCCGAGCUAGGUGCUAACGUCAAUGGAGCAGUGGGCGCUCAAGCUGGGUUAGGUGCUAAUGUCAACGCUGCUCUAAGUGCUGGAGCUGAGGCCGGUGCUAGGGUGGGAGCCGGUGCUAAUGUAGCCGCUGAACUCGAUGCGAGGCUUAGGGCGGGUGCUGGCGCCAGGCUAGAAGGUUCCAUGAGUGCUGGAGUGGCAGCUAAUGCUAAGGGAAAUGCAAAAUUUGGAGCAGGUGCUAGUGCUAAUGUAAACGGCGGUUUUAGAGCAGAUGCUAGUGCUAGUGCUAGUGCUAAUGCUGAAGCUGAUGCCGAUCUUGACGCAAAUUUAGAGGGCAGGUUUAGAGCCGGGUUAGGCCUCGGUGCUAAAUUACAAGCAGGUGCUAACGCUAAGCUUAAGGGAAAACUACAAGCGAACGCUGGUGUAGAGGGAAGUGUCAGUGGUCAAGUGAACGGAGCUUCCUCGCUAGAGGCCAACGGAGUCUUCGAUGCUGAGGCGUCGAUGGGCGCAGGUCUAAAGGGCUACGGGACUGCUGGGGCUGGGUACAAGACCAGUGGUCAAGGCAAAAUCAAAGCGGCAGGUGGGGCUAAAUUUCACAGUGACAGCGAAUUUCAAGCUUAUGGAAAAGGCAGUUUUAAAACAAGUGGCGACACGAAUGCAAAUGGUGAAAUUGAUUGUGAAGACGAAAUCGAAGAUGAUUGUGAAGAAGAAUAUGGAGGUGGGGUUGCGUCAAAUAGCGAAUUCAAUGCGAACGGUAAAUUUAAAUCUCACAGCAAAAGCAGUUUUAAAUCUAGCGCUAGUAGUAAGGCCAACGCAAAUGGCGGUUUUGAUGCUGAUGGCGAAUUCGAUGGCGGAUCGCAAGGGGAGUUUGGCGGUGGGGCCAAUGCAAAUGGCCAAUUCAACGCAAAUGGCCAAUUCAACGCAAAUGGCCAAUUCAAUGGGAACAGUAAAUUUAAAUCUCACAGCAAAAGCAGUUUCAAAUCCAGCGCUAGUAGUAAGGCCAGUGCAAAUGGUGGUAUUGUUGCUGAUGGCGAAUUUGAUGGCGAAUCACAAGGGGAAUAUGGCGGUGGGGCCAAUGCAAAUGGCCAAUUCAAUGCAAAUGGCGAAUUCAAUGGGAACAGUAAAUUUAAAUCUCACAGCAAAAGCAGUUUCAAGUCAAGUUCUAGUAGUAAGGCCAGCGCAAAUGGCGGUUUUGAUGCUGAUGGUGAAUUUGAUAGCAAAUCGCAAGGGGAGUAUGGCGGUGGGGCUAAUGCAAAUGGCCAAUUCAAUGCAAAUGGCGAAUUCAAUGCGAACAGUAAAUUUAAAUCUCACAGCAAAAGCAGUUUCAAAUCCAGCGCUAGUAGUAAGGCCAGCGCAAAUGGCGGUUUUGAUGCUGAUGGCAAAUUCGAUGGCGAAUCGCAAGGGGAGUUUGGCGGUGGGGCCAAUGCAAAUGGCCAAUUCAACGCAAAUGGCCAAUUCAAUGGGAACAGUAAACUUAAAUCUCACAGCAAAAGCAGUUUCAAGUCAAGUUCUAAUAGUAAGGCCAGCGCAAAUGGUGGUUUUGAUGCUGAUGGUGAAUUCGAUGGCGAAUCGCAAGGGGAGUUUGGCGGUGGGGCCAAUGCAAAUGGCCAAUACAACGCAAAUGGCCAAUUCAAUGGGAACAGUAAAUUUAAAUCUCACAGCAAAAGCAGUUUCAAAUCCAGCGCUAGUAGUAAGGCCAGUGCAAAUGGCGGUAUUGUUGCUGAUGGUGAAUUUGAUGGCGAAUCACAAGGGGAAUAUGGCGGUAGGGCCAAUGCAAAAGGCCAAUUCAAUGCAAAUGGCGAAUUCAAUGCGAACGGUAAAUUUACAUCUCACAUCAAAAGCAAUUUCAAAUCAAGUUCUAGUAGCAAGUCUAGUGCUAAUAGCGAAUCUAGUUCAAAUGGUGGAGUAUCAUUCGAGGGGGGUGCAGAGGGGGACGCCAGCUACAGCGGCGGAUUUAAAGGCGGGUUUAAAAGUUCGCAAAGUUUCGGAGCAAGUGGAGAUUAUGACAUGGAAGCUGGGGGUGGGGUGCAAGCGGGAGGUGCUGUAGGUGUUGCUGGAGGCGUUUCUGGUGCAUUAAGUGCCGGAGCUGGGGUUUCAGGUGCAUUAAGUGCCGGAGCUGGGGUUUCUGGUGCAUUAAGUGCCGAAGCUGGGGUUUCUGGUGCAUUAAGUGCCGGAGCUGGGGUUAGCGCUGGUGUUGAAGGUGCUUUAAGUGCUGGGGCUGGGGCUUCAGCUGGGCUUAGCGCUGGACUUAACGCUGGGUUAGGAGUUGCAGCCGGGGUGGGCGCGGGCCUACAAGGUGCAUUGAGCGCAGGAGCCGGGUUGAGCGCGGGCCUACAAGGUGCAUUGAGCGCAGGAGCCGGUAUUGGCGCAGGCUUGAACGGUGCUUUAAGCUUAGGAGCCGGAUUAGGCGCUAGUCUUAAAGGCAACUUGAAACUGGGCGCUGGGCUGGGGGCUGGGGUCCAGAUGGGCGCGGAGGCUAAGGUUAAAGGCGAAGUUGAUGCGGGGGUGGAAGGGAGGUUCAGCGGCAACGCAAAGUCCCGGUUCUCAUCCUCUGGGUACGCCAACGGCGACCUAAGCAGCGCAGGAGAGGCUGACGACGGCUUUUACAUGGAGAGCAAGAAGAAGAUUGCCGGCCAGAACGGCAUGAAUAUCGACAGCAGCGCCACAAUGUACUCAAACUUCGGCUCCAGCGGUUCCUUGAAGAACAACGGCAAGUUCAAGGCCGAGAUGUGGUCUUCAGACAGCAGCGGGGAGACCGAGGGUUAUUCCAUGAAGUACAACGUCCCAUAAAGCCGGACGCUUCAGUCUUCUCGACAGAGAAAAGAAGAAAAAAAAUAACUGAUAAGAUAUGAUCAAUAAAUUCUUUGAUAUUUGAAA